CUUUGUUCCUGUCUAUCAUUCGUUCCUGCAAUCUUCCAGAGCAGAAAAAGGUUUGUUCUGCGCUACUUGUGUGCUAAGCCCAAGUGGAGGAAAUGGGCAAAUUGAACAUCUGUUUGAAAUGGAGUUUCAUUUGCGUGAUAGUUGUAAUUGCGCUUAUCAGUCUCCUGCUGUUGGGAUCGGCUCUUCUUUUGCAUGGAGCCUUACUUAAUCGUGAAGAGGAGGAUGGUGCGAUUGUAGGGGUGCUUUUCUUGUAUGGAUUUACUACCAUAACACUGGUCCUUGUCAUCUUUGGUGGGAUUGGGGCGUUGAAAAAAAUGAAGUGGGCAUUGAUAGUGUUUGCAGUUGGAAUGAUCAUAAGCGUCCUGUACAUGGUUGGAUCUGAAAUUACUAUGCAGGUUAUGAAAACCGAGUUAAGAAAUCACUUGAGGGAUCACUACCUGACCUCCUUGUCUCCAAGCAAAGCCAAUGAAAGUUCAUUAGGCAUCCUCCAUCACGCGCAGAGCAAUUGGCACUGCUGUGGGUUGGAACAGGGCUACAUGGACUGGGAAAACAACAUUCCGGAAUCUUGCUUGUGUGACAGAGAGUCCACAAAUCAAUGUGUUGCUGCUCCAAAAGGCAGUUACCAGUUUACGGUGGAACGUGGUAUGAAAGGACAGUCCGUCAUGAUAUACGCAAGGCCUUGUCUUUCAACCAUAAUUGAGAACAACAUGUAUCACAUCAAUAUACUGUCAGGCAUCAGGGUGGGAUUCAUAUUGUUAUGGAUGUUGUCAAUAGGGCUAUGCAUUGCCAUUCUGUGUCAAGAAAAUAAGAAGCUGGAAACUCCUGCUGUGGUCUACAGUAAGGAAGCAAAAGCAGGGAACUACAGCUGUCUUAUAGAGUCUGAACAUGUCUGAUUUCUGUGCUUUUAUCUCUAUUUCUUCUACACACGGCUUAAGUCAGAUUAUGAAAUACUUUUUAAUAUUAAAUUAACAUGAGAUUUAUAGAAAUUGUGUGUGCAGAUUUAAAAUGUCCUUUUAUUACAUGUUAUGUCAGGAAAAGGCACAGUGCUUCUUCAUUUAUAAAACACGGGGAGGGCUAACCCACUCACCCGCCUUCAGGUUUUGUUAAUAAAUUUUUUCUCAUCUAAUUUAGAUUUCACAACCUUCGUUUAAAUGAAAGGAAAACGUUCUUUAACUACAUGUUAUGCAUUUUUACCCCCAAAUAGCAAAGGGGGAUAGUUUAGGGUUAAAAGUGUCUUGUUAAUGUUUAAUUCAUUAAUCUUUGUUGUUUUACCUAUACCACUUGAUGUUUCAGUAACUUAAGUUUUUUUUCCAAUUUGUUAUAUUCUCCCUACAUGCUUGGCUUAGCAUAAAACACUGUAUUUGAUGUGCGUUGUUCUAAUUUUUACUCACUAAUUGUCUGAAUGUUUGAAAAUGACCCACCCCAGCUGUAAGGUGCUCAUAUACUAAAUAAAAGAUCAUUAAAUUGC